CGAUGAAGCCACGGUUGGAAUUUCUCUGGGCUCCCAGGACUGGCUUAGCUGCGUUUUUGCUGAGAUUGGGAGAGGAAAGCGAUGGGAAAUUCAUUGGGCUGUGUUAAGGAGCCAAAAGAUUCCGUAGCUGUUCCUGAGAAGGCUCCCAUAUCUCCUAAGAAAAGGGUUCGGUUCAAAAGGAAGUGGCGGGGGAAGAAAGCCCCUACUCCAGAGGUUUCUAAUGAGGAAGAGCCCUUGGAAGGAACCGGAGUCACUGAAGAGACUGAAACCCUAAGGAAGUUAACAGUGAGUCUCCGAAAGGAGGAAGGAGUGGGAGGGGCAGAGCAUCCCCCCCCAGUCAUUUCGCUGCCUGGAGCUUUGCCCCCCGACACAGGGGUGGGAGAUCAAGGGAUGAUCGUGCAGGUGAGGGAGAGAUUCCAAGGGGAGAUCCAGACUGCUCACCUUUUGUUAAAGAAUGAGUCAUCAGUUGCUGGAGGGGUCUGGGAUUCCUUGGAAGAGGGAAUGACUGUCAUCGCUCACCUGCUUGAUAAUCCAGCGGAAAGGAACUGUGAGAAGUCAGUGAGCCAACUGGUGGAAUUUCCGAGGACAGCAUCCUGCAGCAGCAGGGCUGUGCUGCUGCCUUUGCAGGGAGAGACUGCAGUGAAAAAAGGAAAUACACAGCUUGGGUUUCGGAGCAGCACUUUCCCUAGGAUGGACUUUCCCACCAAGACCGGAAAUCAACUUUCAGAGGGCCGGAGUGUUGGGGUAGAAAACAAGGAUAUUUUAAGUACCCCUCAGACAGGUUCCUGGAUUGCAGAAUGUUCUGUUCCUUCAUCACUACUGGACCAGUCGAGGAGCCAUAGAUGCCCAGAGCCUGCCCACGUGGGUCGAAUGCCCACUCAGGGUCCCAGACUGAUUGCUUCUCAGAGUGAUCUGUCUGUCAGUGGUAUGACUGUGAGCAUUUUGCCCUCUUCCUCUGGCUAUGGCAGUGACGGGCCACAGUUAUGUGAAGUCCAUCCUAAAGAUAGAGAACCUGAAAAGACCUCCAUCUCCAUCUCAGAAGAGGAUGGCACUCUCUCUUUGGAGGCAAGCCACACACCAUCAUGGGGCGUGGAGGAGAUCUCUGACAUCUACAUUAGUGGAGAGUCAGGGGAUAUGUCAGCCAAGGAGAAGCUGCUCCUGUGGACCCAGAAGGUGACAGCUGGCUACACUGGAGUGAAGUGCACCAACUUCUCCUCUUGCUGGAGUGAUGGAAAGAUGUUCAAUGCACUUAUUCAUCGAUACAGACCUGAUCUAGUAGAUAUGGAGAGGGUCCAGAUCCAGAGUAAUCGAGAGAAUCUAGAACAAGCUUUUGAAGUGGCAGAGAGAUUGGGGGUCACCCGGCUACUGGAUGCAGAAGAUGUGGAUGUGCCAUCUCCGGACGAAAAGUCCGUAAUCACUUAUGUGUCUUCAAUUUAUGAUGCCUUCCCUAAAGUUCCUGAGGGUGGAGAAGGAAUCAGUGCUACGGAAGUAGACUCCAAGUGGCAAGAAUACCAAAGCCGAGUAGACUCCCUCAUUCCCUGGAUCAAGCAGCAUACAAUUCUGAUGUCAGAUAAAUCUUUCCCCCAGAACCCUGUUGAACUAAAGGCACUUUAUAACCAAUAUAUACACUUCAAAGAAACAGAAAUUUUAGCCAAGGAAAGGGAAAAAGGAAGAAUUGAGGAAUUAUAUAAAUUACUAGAGGUGUGGAUUGAAUUUGGCCGAAUUAAACUGCCUCAAGGUUAUCACCCUAAUGAUGUGGAAGAAGAGUGGGGAAAACUCAUCAUUGAAAUGCUGGAGAGAGAAAAAUCACUUCGACCAGCUGUGGAGAGGCUAGAAUUGCUGCUACAGAUUGCAAACAAAAUCCAGAAUGGUGCUUUGAACUGUGAAGAAAAACUGACACUAGCUAAGAAUACACUGCAGGCUGAUGCUGCUCACUUGGAAUCAGGACAGCCAGUACAAUGCGAGUCAGAUGUCAUCAUGUACAUUCAAGAAUGUGAAGGUCUUCUCAGGCAGCUGCAAGUGGAUCUCCAGAUCCUGCGGGAUGAGAAUUAUUACCAACUAGAAGAGCUGGCUUUUAGGGUUAUGCGUCUGCAGGAUGAACUAGUCACUCUGCGUCUAGAGUGUACAAACUUGUAUCGGAAGGGCCACUUUACAUCACUUGAAUUAGUUCCACCCUCUACCUUAACCACUACUCAUCUGAAUGCAGAACCAUUGACCAAGGGAACCCAUUCUUCCUCUACCUCCUGGUUCCGAAAGCCCAUGACUCGGGCUGAGCUUGUGUCUAUCUCCUCCUCUGAAGAUGAAGGCAGUCUUCGAUUUGUAUAUGAACUACUGUCUUGGGUAGAAGAGAUGCAGAUGAAACUGGAACGAGCAGAGUGGGGCAAUGAUCUACCUAGUGUGGAGCUACAGCUGGAAACACAGCAGCACAUUCACACCAGCGUGGAAGACUUAGGUUCAAGUGUGAAAGAGGCCAGGUCAUAUGAGGGAAAAAUGUCCCCAAAUUUCCAUACCAGCUAUGUUGAAACUCUUGGAAAGCUAGAGACACAGUACUGUAAAUUAAAGGAAACUUCUAGUUUCCGAAUGAAGCACCUUCAGAGCCUGCAUAAAUUUGUCUCCAGAGCUACCACUGAGUUGAUCUGGUUGAAUGAAAAGGAGGAGGAGGAACUAGCAUAUGACUGGAGUGACAACAAUCCCAAUAUCUCGGCCAAGAAAAAUUAUUUCUCUGAGUUGACAGUGGAACUGGAUGAGAAACAGGAUGUGUUCCGGUCUCUACAAGACACUGCAGAGCUGCUUUCACUUGAGAACCACCCAGCUAAGCAGACUGUGGAGGCUUACAGUGCUGCUGUCCAGUCCCAAUUGCAAUGGAUGAAGCAACUGUGUUUGUGUGUUGAGCAGCAUAUUAAAGAGAAUACUGCUUACUUUCAGUUCUUCAGUGAUGCACGAGACUUAGAGACAUUCUUGAAGAAUCUCCAGGACUCCAUUAAGCGAAAAUAUUCCUGUGAUCACAACACCAGCUUGUCCCGCCUUGAGGACCUGCUCCAGGACUCCAUGGUGGGUGAUGAAAAGGAACAGCUGAUACAGUCCAAGAGCUCUGUUGCCAGUCUUGUUGGGAGGUCAAAAACCAUCGUUCAGCUAAAGCCACGGAGUCCUGAGCAUGUGCUAAAGAGCACCAUAUCUGUGAAGGCCAUCUGUGACUAUCGACAGAUCGAGAUUACUAUUUGUAAGAAUGAUGAGUGUGUGUUGGAAGAUAAUUCCCAACGGACCAAGUGGAAAGUGAUCAGCCCCACAGGGAAUGAGGCGAUGGUGCCAUCAGUCUGCUUUCUUGUCCCUGCACCCAAUAAGGAUGCCAUUGAGAUGGCCAGCAGGGUGGAGCAGUCUUAUCAGAAGGUGAUGGCCCUCUGGCAUCAGCUGCACAUUAACACCAAAAGCCUUAUCUCCUGGAACUAUCUGAGGAAGGACCUUGACCUUGUGAAGACCUGGAGCCUGGAGAAGCUUCGUUCUUUGGCACCAGGGGAAUGCCACCAGGUUAUGAAGAACCUGCAGACCCACUACGAAGACUUUCAGCAGGACUGCCGUGACUCGGUGCUCUUCUCAGUGACUGAUCGUUUGCGCUUAGAAGAGGAGGUGGAGACUUGUAAAACUCAUUUUCAGCACUUGAUGAAGUCCAUGGAGAAUGAGGAUAAAGAGGAAACUGUGGCCAAGAUGUACAUUUCAGAGCUGAAGAAUAUCCAGCUGCACUUAGAGGAGUGUGAACAAAGGCUGGUCAAACGAAUUCAGUCUCUGGCCAAUUCAAGAAGUGACAAAGAUGCUCGGCAAGACAGUGCAUUAAGGAUUGCAGAGCAAGAGCACACUCAGGAGGAUUUGCAGAAAUUGAAGUCAGAUUUGGAUGCAGUUUCUAUGAAAUGCAACAGCUUUCUCCAUCAGUCCCCUUCUGGCUCAAGUGUUCCAACUCUGCGCUCCGAACUCAAUUUGCUGGUGGAAAAAAUGGAUCAUGUAUAUGGCCUCUCCACUGUCUAUCUGAACAAGCUAAAGACAGUUGAUGUCAUCAUACGUAACAUUGAGGAUGCUGAACUCUUGGUCAAAGGCUAUGAAAUUAAACUGAGUCAGGAGGAAGCAGUACCAGCAGAUCUUUCCGCACUGGAAUCCCAUCGAUCUACAUUACAGCACUGGCUUAGUGAUGUGAAGGAUAAGAAUUCAGUAUUUUCAGUCCUGGAUGAGGAACUUGCGAAGGCCAAGGAGGUGGCAGAGCAGCUGAAUCGUCUGACCCCAGAGCGAAAUCUGGAUUUGGAGCGCUAUCAGGAAAAAGGCUCCCAGCUGAGGGAGCGCUGGCACCGGGUCAUUGGCCAGCUUGAGACACGCCAAUCUGAGCUAGAAAGUAUACAGGAAGUUUUGGGAGAUUACCGAGCCUGCCAUGGAACUCUCAUCAAAUGGAUUGAGGAAACCACUGCUCAGCAGGAGUUGAUGAAGCCAGGCCAGGCAGAGGACAGCAGAGUGCUCUCAGAGCAGCUCAGCCAGCAGACGGCUUUGUUUGCAGAAAUCGAGAGAAAUCAGACAAAACUGGAUCAGUGUCAAAAAUUUUCCCAGCAGUACUCUACUAUUGUAAAGGAUUAUGAAUUGCAACUGAUGACAUAUAAGGCCUUUGUGGAAUCACAGCAGAAAUCCCCUGGCAAGCGCCGUCGCAUGCUGUCCUCAUCUGAUGCCAUCACACAGGAGUUCAUGGACCUACGAACUCGAUAUACAGCAUUGGUGACUUUGACAACUCAGCACGUGAAGUAUAUCAGUGAUGCACUCCGGCGCCUAGAGGAGGAGGAGAAAGUGGUAGAAGAGGAAAAACAAGAACAUGUGGAAAAGGUUAAAGAACUUUUGGGCUGGGUAUCUACCCUAGCACAGAAUACACAAAGUAAAGGUGCCUCAUCCCAGACCAAAGACUCAACAGACAUUGAAAAAGCUAUUUUAGAACAACAGGUUCUGGCAGAGGAAUUGACAACCAAGAAAGAACAAGUCUCUGAGGCCAUUAAAACGUCACAGAUCUUCCUGGCCAAACAUGGUCAUAAGCUCUCAGAAAAAGAGAAGGAACAGAUAUCUGAGCAGAUAAAUGACUUAAAUAAGGCUUAUCAUAACCUUUGUGAUGGUUCAACAAACCAGCUUCACCAACUUCAGAGCCAGUUGGCCCAACAGACAGAACAGAAGGGUUGCAGAGCAGUUGCUGGGGUGAUUGACCUAGGCACAGUGGAGAUAUUUCCCAUCUUCAAGGCCAUGCAAAAGGGCCUUAUUGAUCAAGACACAGGACUUGUGCUCCUAGAAUCCCAGGUUAUCAUGUCUGGUCUCAUUGUCCCCGAAACCAGUGAAAAGCUCUCUCUGGAAGAGGGUUUAUCCAGAAACCUCAUUAAUCCCCAGAUGUAUCAGCAGCUGCAAGAACUUCAGGAUGUCCUGUCCUUAAUAAAUAGGCUUACUGAGAGUAAAGGCCCUCUUUCUGUGGUGGAAGCAAUCGAAAAGAAAAUAAUCAGUCAAAGAGUUGGACUGAAAAUCUUAGAAGCUCACCUGGCAACUGGAGGUUUCAGUCUCCCCUUUCAUGAUAACUGUAUUAGCUUAGAUGAGGCUUUUCAGCAAGGCCUUAUUCCUACAUGGCUUCACGCGAUGCUAGAGUGUCACCUGAGAUCAUCUAAGAAUUUGAUAGAUCCCAACACAGCUGAGAAAAUUAGUUUGCUGGAACUGAUGCAAAGAUGUAUUGUCCACCAGGAAUCAGGGUCAAAACUGCUGCCAGUCAAGCAAUUGGCAGGAGGAAUGGUGAGCUUGAAAUCAGGACAGAAAGUUAAUAUUUUCCGUGCAGUUCAGGAAGGGCUAAUAGAUAGGCAGGUUACUGUCCGGCUGCUGGAGGCUCAGCUUUUUGCUGGUGGCAUAGUAGAUCCAAGAACGGGACAUAGACUUACAGUAGAAGAGGCUGUAAAACACAAUUUGAUUGACCAAGAUAUGGCCUGUGCUCUUCUCACAAGGCAGCUCCAGACAGGUGGCAUCAUAGACACUAUCACUGGACAACGGUUGACAAUAGAUGAAGCAGUGAGCAAAGAUCUAGUGGCAGCUAAGAUUGCUCUUGUGAUUCUGGAAUCCCUUCGGUCAUUCAUGGGGUGUCUGUGGCCUGAAUCUGGAGAGAUCCUUCCAAUAACAGAUGCCCUGGAACAAGGAAUUGUAUCUACUGAACUAACUCAUAAAAUCCUUAGUGGCUGGCAAUACAUUGAGGCUCUAUUUCUGCCUGAAGCCACAGAAAUUUGUUCCUGGGAAGAAGCAAUAGAAAAUGGAACCUUGGACAAAGAUCUCGUCAAAAAGUUAAAAUCAGUUUGCAUACCUGAUGUGAUGCCCCACAUGCAAUUAGCAGACUCUUCAGAACAAAGCAAAUUGAACGGUAAUUCUUUAGUGGCAGAUCUCCUCUGCAACAAGGGCCAAACUGAGGACAAAGCAAGCCACAGAGAAAAGCUGUUGUUUCAGCUAAUGACUCACAGCUAUAUUAAUGUGCACAAUGGACAGAGGCUGCUCCUGCUAGACAGUGAGCUGAUAGAUACCCUAACUGCAAGUGGUGAACAUCUACCAAGUCCCUCGGAAGUGUUUGGAAUUGGGUGUCGAAGAGAAGAAACUCCCGAGGAAUUAGAAGAAUCUGUAGAUGUGAAAGCCACUGAAACUUUCUGUGAUGGGCUGCUGGAAAAGCCAGGUGAGAUCCAGAACAAAGAAUAUACUGAUCAGGCAAACUCCACUAAAGUAAAAGACAACAAAAUCACUAUUGAAACUGAAGGUUCUUCAGUGGAGAACCCAGAAAAGGACCUGUUUGUAGGAGAACAAAGAGCAGGAGCUUCAAAUAUCCAGACUUCGAAGAGCAAAAAUAAAGUCAAAUCAGAAUUAAGAAGGCAGUUAUUAGGUACCAGAAGGGAAGACCAGAUAGAAGUGUCUGCCAGAGAAGAUGUUAGUGGAGAAUUUCUCCUCACAGUUCCUCUGGAGAAACGCCAAGAGAUGACCUUCAUGGUGGACGACAAUUCCUUUUCUGUUGAAACACCAAGAAAAGAACACCAGACUCUUAAAAAUACUUCCUUGAUUUGUCAGAAAGAACAGGCAAACACAAUUGAGAUUGAAUACAUUCCAGGUAAAAUUGGAAGACCUCUUACAAAACUCCAAAGCAAAAUGUCACAAUCACAGGUAGAGAAAACUGUAGAUUUAGAAUCAGAACUUAAGACUAAAAAUGAUGUCAGUAUUUAUUCUCAGGACCAAAAGGAAGCCAUAAAUAAAACAUUUUCAAGUAGGGAUGACUGUAAACAAAGUCAAGAAAGACUUAAUGUUGUAGAUGGUAGUAUGGUGAUGUUAGAAAAGCCAGAGAAGGAAGAUGGUGGUAGUGAAAUUUCCUUGUCAUAUGCUCAUCCUUCAGAACUGCUUGAAGAAGUUACCUUAAACAUGUUAUUUGAACAGUUACUAAAUGGUGGCAUUUUUCAUGAACAAACAGGUCAAAAACUCUUACUAAAUGAAGCAAUAGCCCGAGGGAUUGUUCCCAGUCACACUGCUGUGAAGCUUAUGGCAAAGAUGAACAUGUUUCGAGGUUUCUUUGACUCUCAGACCUGUGAGUUUUUGACAACUGAAGAAGUCAUUGAUGAGGGGCUGAUGGAUGAAAAAUUACUACAUAAUGUCCUCAUGGCAGACAAAACAAUAAGUGGUGUCUUAGAUCCCCGUAACCACACCCUUUGCUCUGUGAAGGAAGCAGUUGCAGUUGGACUUCUUGACAUGCAAACAGCCACUCGAAUUUUAGAGGGACAGGUGGUGACUGGUGGGAUUGUUGACCUGAAACGAGGUAAAAAAGUUUCUGUAACUUUGGCCUCAAAUCUUGGCCUGGUGGACAGUGCUGACCUGACAGCACUAAUAAAUCUGGAGAAAGCUUUCAAAGGCAGAGAAGCUGACAAAAUAGUUAGGGAGAAGUUAAUUAAUUUACAAAUGGAAACAACUGGGAUUGUGGACCCUGAUAAUAAAGCCCCAUUAACAGUCGUGCAGUCCAUGGACAGAGGUCUUUUGGAGAGAGAGGAGGCCAUUCAGUUGUUGACCAAGCAGGUGGUAGAUGGUGGCAUCAUUCACCAGGUAUCUGGGAUGAGACUUUCUGUUGAUAAUGCCUUUGAACAUGGCAUCAUUGAUGAAGAUUUAGCCAAGCAACUGAGAAAAGUUGAGAACAUAAACCUCCAACAAUUUUUUCAUCCUGAGACAAAAGAAGCCAUCUCUCUCUCUGAAGCCAUACAAUUAGGCCUUGUUACCCCAGAAUUGAAAAAAGAAAUUGAAGAAAUUCAGGCUUUGACUGGAAACUUUAUGGAACUCAUUUCUGGCCAGAAAUUGACAUUGGCAGAAGCUAAAAAGGAAGGAUUGUUGCCCUCCGAUGCAGCGCUGUCUUCAGGAAUAAUGCAUGGGAUUGUAGAUCCUGAGAGUUACAGAAUCGUUCCCUAUUCAGAAUUAGUAAAGAAAUGUAAGAUAGAUAUUGGAUCUGGACAGAGGUAUCUAGAAGUAAUUCCUUUCUCAGACAUUAAAGAUAGAGUGAGUGAUAAAGUACUUACAUUGGCUCAAGCAACUCAGCUUGGAAAAAUAGACUUUGAGUCUACUCUGAAGAUUCUGGAAGCUCAGGCAAAUACUGGUGGGAUCAUAAAUACUGCCACAGGACAGCAGUUGACAUUGUCAUCAGCUUUAAAACAUAAAUUAGUAGAUAAAAAUAUGAUCCGAAUUAUUGCAUCUCAUCAAAUGUUAAAUGGAGGAAUUGUUGACAUAUUUAAUGACCAGAGAAUGACACUAAAGGAAGCUAUUGAAAAACAAUUUAUCAGUCCUGAACUGGCAACUAUGAUCCAAAUAGAUUCUUCAGAGUUCAGUGAUCAUGGAGAUCAGAUUAGAAAGCAAGAUGGAAUUGAAGUAUGUGAAUUAAAGGAAUUUCUAAGAAAGGAAACAUCAAUUGCUUGUAAUCAGACUGAUGAAAUGAGUUGUGAAAAAGAUGAAAGGGAGAACUUAUUUCGGAGUGAAAGUCAGUCUGCACAAGAAAAGGUCAAAGCAAGAAUUUCAGAGAAGAAGCAGGUCAAAGAGAGAAGGGAAAUUCCCUUAAGGAAAUUUGAAAGCAGGGAUGGAGAUAAGCAGAGAGCUUCUCCAGAUGUGAAAGACUCUGUCAAUAUCAGAUGUCCUAGUGAUUUUAAAGGUAAAUCAUCAUUGGCUCAUGUUUCGGUAGUGACACACCCUCACGCAGAAGCUUGUGAGUUUAAAAGUGAAGAGAUGGCUAGUAAUGACAUGGGGGAAAGGACACAUGAAGAACAGGAGCAAAUAAAGCCACUAGAAAUUAUUUCUCAUAUGGAUCAAUGCAUGCCAAGUCUAAAUUCUAAACAAAUAGGGGAAAACCAAGUAGAUAUUAUUUCAGAAGUGCAUGAGUUAGAUUAUAAAACAAUGGGCAAAUUGCUAAACGAGCAGGUCAUGGAGAAACCUAGGGCUACCAAGGAGAAAAGUAAAAGAAAGAGGAGGAGAAUGACUGUAGAAGAAAAUGUCCCAACAUGCAAACCGGAAGUUCUUUCAGAAGAAAAACUGAAUCAGGAAAGAGCUGAUAGAGUUGACCGUGAUUCCAGUCUAAAAAAUCAACCUGUUGAAAUAACCAUAGGUGAAAAAGGAAGAGAAACUGAUAGAGAGCAGGAAUUUCCUAUUCUUUGGAAAGCUGAAGAUUCUUGUUCUCAAAUGAUACUCAGUGAGAGCUCUGUAAAAAACCAAGAUGCUCUAACAUUCUCCAACUCUAAUCAGAUCAGUGAAAGAGAGAAGAAAAAUUUAGGCCUACCUGUGUGUGUAAAACCAGAAGAAAAUUUUUCUCAGGAAAUUACUGAUGUGACUCAGAGUGAACAGUUGUCUUUUGUGACUCCCAAACCUGAAGGGUUGCACUGCCAGGAAUCAGUUGGCAAAGCCCAGUCUUUCCAAGGAACCACGAGACAGGAGACCAAUUAUGACGAUUCCUAUGUUACUUUUAAGACCAAGGAAAGCAAAGAUCUAGAUCUGAUGUUUUCACCUAAUAAAUAUGAAGAAAAAGCUUACCAAGAAGUACCUUUUGACUCAACAAGAGCUAUUAAAUUACAGGAAGAAAUUAUACUUUCUAGACAAGAGUCAAAAGAAGUCAGUUGCCCAGAAUUCUCAGACAGGAAGGAUGGCCUUCAGGAUAGUAAAAGUGACCAUGAACUUAGUGGAAUCCUCAAGUCCAAAGUAGCAAAAACUCAGGAAUUAACUGGAGAGAAAUUUCUAGAAACCACAAACCCUAAAGUUGCAAUUGCAGGAAUAGGGUUAUUUGAAGGCAGGGAGACUCAGGGAGAUCCCAGAACCUCGGUGUCCCUUCUUCCAGAGAAACUGCUCAAUGAUAUUUCUCAAAAACAGAGUGCAAUGCAACAAGAUGCCACCAUUUGUCCCAGUAUUCCAGAAACCAGUGGAGACAAGACAGUAAUGACCUUAACAUCAGACACUGCAACAAAAACCAUUGAGACACCACAGGAACAGCUCAGAGAAAGCCCUAGAAGUGAACCACCACCCUUUGUGACUACAUUAGAGGAUACAGAAAAUGAACGUGUAAAUCUGGAGCCUUUGAGAGCAGCUAAAAAUGUAUUUAACCGGCAACUCUGUUUAGAGCAUGAUGAGAAGCUGGUAUCCUAUUUGUCUCUCUUAAGAGACAUUGAAAUGAGAACCAAGCAGAUUCAACCUCUGGAACGAAACCUCCCAGAGUUACAGGAGCUGCUGUGUCAUGCCAAGGUAUUAGACAAGGAACUAAAGGAUCUGUCCACUUCGGUGAAUCAGGAAUUGAAUUGUGUGAAUCAGAUUAUUAGCAGCCAACCCCAGGAAGUUCCUGCACAACUGCUUAAGGCUCUAGAGAAGGAUGCCAAGAAUCUUCAGAAGUCCCUCAGCUCUGUGUGUGAUACUUGGAGCUCUAGACUUCUUCAUCUUCAGAAUGUGGUGGAAGUCAAAAAGACUGAUAUGUUAAAUCAAUACGAGCAGUUAGAAGGCAGACUUGAAGUUCUGAGAGCCUGGUUUAGCAAUACCUACAUUACUCUGAAGAACAAGGACUAUAACAAUGAAACCAAUGCUGAAAACUUGAGUCUCUGUCUCCAGCAGAUUGAGGAUCUGAAGCAGCCUAUAGCUGAAAGGAAAUCUCAACUGAAUGAUCUUGCUUUUGAUAUUCAGUUCUUUAUCUCGGAGCAUGCCCAAGACUUGUCCCCUCAGCAAAACCGACAGAUGCUGAGGCUUCUGAAUGAAGUACAGAGGACCGUCCAGGACCUUCUGGAGCUGACUGCAGCUCAGAUGCAUGCCUUGCAGAACCGUCUCCAACAGAAGGAACAGGCAGCCCAGGUCAAGACCCUGCAGAAACAACAAACUACCUGCCACCAGAAACUGGAGGAUCUUUGUACCUGGUUAGGGCAGGCAGAGAGAGCUUUGGUAGCCCACCAAGGGAGAGCCAACCAGCAGGGUCUCUCUGCUUUACAACAGAACCAAAGUGACUUGAAGGAUUUACAGGAUGACAUUCAGAACCAUGCCACCUCAUUUGCCAGUGUUGUCAAAGAUAUUGAAGGAUUCCUAGAGGAGAAUCAGACUAAACUGAGCCCCCAUGAGUUGACAGCUCUUCGGGAAAAACUUCAUCACGCUAAGGAACAAUAUGAGGCUCUCCAGGAACGGACACGGGUGACUCAGAAGGAAUUGGAGGAAGUAUUGACCUCAGCCCUACAGCAGGAGACUGAGAAGAGUAAAGCGGCAAAAGAGCUGGCAGAAAACAGGAGUAAGAUUGAUUCUCUCUUGGACUGGGUGACUUCAGUGGGGCCAUCUGCUGGACAGACAGAGCAGCUGCCAGGAUCUAGCCCACAGAAAGGAGCCUUGGAUACCAUUGAUGGUCAACUGGGGGUGAGCAGAGCCCCAGAGGAGCUGGAUAAACAGUGCGAGAAGAUGAAGGCCCAUCACCAAGAAUUGCUGUCAAAACAACAAAAUUUCAUCCUGGCUACCCAGUCAGCCCAGGCCUUCCUAGACCAGCAUGGCCACAAUCUCACACCUGAAGAGCGAGAGGCACUACAGGAGAAGCUCGAGAAGCUAAAGGAGCAGUAUGCGACUUCCCUGGCCAAGUCAGAGGCAGAGCUGAAGCAGGCACAGACAUUACGGGAUGAGCUGCGGAAGUUUCUGCAGGAUCAUAAAGAGUUUGAGACCUGGCUGGAGCGUUCUGAGCAAGAGCUGGAGAAUAUGCAUAAAGGAGGCAGCAGCCCUGAAGAACUUCCCGCCCUGCUGAAACGCCAAGGCAGUUUCUCAGAAGAUGUGAUUUCCCACAAAGGUGACUUGAGGUUUGUGACUAUAUCAGGACAGAAGGUCUUGGACACAGAAACCAACUUCGAGGAAGACAAAGAGCUAUCGACAGCUGGAACCUUAGUGAAGGAAAAGCUCAAGGAUGCCACAGAAAGAUACACUACUCUUCAUUCAAAGUGUACACGAUUGGGAUCUCACCUGAACAUGUUGCUAGGCCAUUACCAACAGUUCCAGAGCAUUGUGGACAACCUACAGUCCUGGAUGCAGACGUGUAAGGCCAGUGUGGAAAAACUCCUCUCAGAUACUAUUUCCUCUGACCCUGUAGUCCUACAGCAGCAGCUUGCAACAACAAAGCAGUUGCAAGAACAAAUGGCAGAGCACCAAGUGCCCGUAGAGAAGCUCCAAAAAGUGUCUCAUGAUCUCAUUGAAAUUGAAGGUGAACCAGCCCCAGACCGCAAGCAUGUUCAAGAAACUACAGAUUCCAUACUCAGCUGUUUUCAGAACCUCUCCAGUAGCCUGGCAGAGCGUUCUGCUCUACUGCAGAAGUCAAUUGCCCAAUCUCAGAGUGUUCAAGAAAGCCUGGAUGGCUUGUUGCAAUCCAUUGGGGACGUGGAAAAAAACCUGCAGGAGGAGCAAGUGACCUCACUGUCUUCAGGAGUCAUCCAAGAAGCCUUGGCCACAAACAUGAAAUUAAAGCAAGACAUUGCUCGGCAGAAAAGCAGCUUGGAAGCCACCCAUGAGAUGGUGACUGGAUUCAUGGAGAAGGCAGAUAGCAGCACAGCUGCAGUGUUGCAGGGCAAGCUGGCAGAGGUGAGCCAACGCUUCCAGCAACUCUGUCUGCAGCAGCAAGAGAAGGAAAGCUCCCUCAAGAAACUUCUACCCCAGGCAGAGAUGUUUGAACAUCUCUCUGAUAAACUGCAGCAAUUCGUGGAAAACAAAAGUCGGGUGCUAGCCUCUGGAAAUCAGCCAGAUCAAGAUAUUGCACAUUUCUUCCAACAGAUUCAGGAGCUCAGUUUGGAAAUGGAAGAUCAACAGGAGAACCUUGAUACUCUGGAGCAUCUGGUCACUGAGCUAAACAACAGUGGCUUUGCACUGGACCUGUCCCAGCAUCAGGAAAGGGUCCAGAAUCUUAGAAAGAACUUCACAGAGCUGCAGAAGACAAUCAAAGAAAGGGAGGAAGACGCAUCUUCUUGCCAGGAGCAAUUGGAUGAAUUCCGGAAGCUGGUUAGGACCUUCCAGAAAUGGCUGAAGGAAACUGAAGGCAGCAUUCCACUUACAGAGACUUUCAUAAGUACUAAAGAGCUGGAAAAGCAGAUCGAACACCUGAAGAGUCUUCUAGAAGAUUGGACAAAUAAGGGAACUUUGGUGGAAGAAAUCAAUUGCAAAGGCACUUCUUUAGAAAAUCUCAUCAUGGAGAUCACAGCACCUGAUUCCCAAGCUAAGACAGGUUCCAUACUGCCCUCUGUAGGAAGCUCUGUAGGCAGUGUAAACGGAUACCACACCUGCAAAGACCUGACGGAGAUCCAGUGUGAUAUGUCAGAUGUAAACUUGAAAUAUGAGAAACAGGGGGGAGUACUUCGGGAACACCAGGAGGGCCUUCAGUCUGUCCUUAGCAGGAUGGAGGAAGUUCAGAAGGAGGCAAGCUCAGUGUUACAGUGGCUGGAAUCAAAAGAAGAAGUCCUGAAAGCCAUGGAUGCCUCUUCAUCUCCAACCAAGACAGAAACAGUGAAAGUCCAAGCUGAAUCUAACAAGGCCUUUCUGGCUGAAUUGGAACAGAAUUCUCCAAAAAUCCAAAAAGUGAAAGAAGCUCUGGCUGGGUUACUGAUGACAUACCCUAACUCAAAAGAAGCUGAAAACUGGAAGAAAAUGCAAGAGGAACUCAAUUCCCGAUGGGAAAGGGCCACUGAGGUGACGAUGGCUCGGCAAAAGCAGCUAGAGGAAUCUGCGAGUCAUCUGGCCUGUUUCCAGACUGCAGAAUCCCAGCUCCGGCCCUGGCUGGUAGAGAAGGAACUAAUGAUGGGUGUGCUGGGGCCCUUGUCUAUUGACCCCAACAUGCUGAAUGCACAAAAACAGCAAGUCCAGUUUAUGCUGAAGGAAUUUGAAACACGCAGGCAACAGCAUGAACAGCUUAAUGAGGCAGCUCAGGGCAUCCUAAUAGGCCCUGGAGAGGUGUCUCCGUCCACUAGCCAAGUACAGAACGAACUUGAAAGCAUCAAUCAAAAGUGGAUUGAGCUAACAGACAAACUCAAUUCCCGUUCAAACCAAAUUGACCAAGCUAUUGUCAAAAGCACCCAGUAUCAGGAAUUGCUCCAGGACUUAUCAGAGAAGGUGAAAGCAGUUGGGCAGCGACUUGGAGGCCAGUCAGCCAUCAGCACCCAACCUGAGGCCAUAAAACAGCAAUUGGAAGAAACAAGUGAGAUCCGAUCUGAUGUGGAGCAAUUACAACAUGAGAUCAAGGAGGCACAGACACUCUGUGAUGAGCUCUCAGAGCUUAUUGGUGAGCAGUACCUCAAGGACGAGCUGAAGAAGCGUUUGGAGACAGUUGCCCUGCCUCUUCAAGGUUUAGAAGACCUUGCGGCUGAUCGCAUGAACAGACUUCAGGGAGCACUUGCCAACACCCAGCAGUUCCAACAAAUGUUUGAUGAGAUGAGAACCUGGUUGGAUGACAAACAGAGCCAGCAACUGAAAAGCUGCCCAAUUUCUGCAAAACUGGAACGACUACAGUCUCAGCUACAAGAGAAUGAAGAGUUUCAGAAGAGCCUAAACCAACACAGUGGUUCCUAUGAGGUCAUUGUUGCUGAAGGAGAAUCUUUACUUCUUUCUGUACCUCCUGGAGAAGAGAAAACUACUUUACAAAACCAGUUGGUUGAGCUCAAAAAUCACUGGGAGGAACUCAGCAAAAAAACUGCAGAUAGACAAUCCAGGCUCAAGGACUGCAUGCAGAAAGCUCAGAAAUAUCAGUGGCAUGUGGAUGACCUUGUGCCAUGGAUAGAAGAUUGUAAGGCCAAAAUGUCCGAUUUGCGUGUCACUCUGGAUCCAGUGCAGCUAGAAUCCAGUCUUCUAAGAUCAAAGGCUAUGCUAAGUGAGGUAGAAAAGCGUCGCUCCCUGCUGGAGUUACUAAAUAGUGCUGCUGACAUUCUGAUUAAUUCUUCAGAAACAGAUGAAGAUGAUAUCCGGGAUGAGAAGGCUGGGAUUAACCAGAACAUGGAUUCCAUUACAGAAGAGCUUCAGGCCAGAAUGGGAUCACUUGAAGAAAUGACUCAGAGGCUCAAGGAGUUUCAGGAAAGCUUUAAGAACAUUGAAAAGAAGGUUGAAGGGGCCAAGCACCAACUUGAGAUCUUUGAUGCUCUGGGCUCUCAAGCCUGUAGCAAUAAGAAUCUAGAGAAGCUAAGAGCUCAACAGGAAGUGCUGCAGGCUCUGGAACCUCAGGUAGAUUAUCUGAGGAACUUCACUCAAGGCCUCAUCGAAGAUGCCCCAGAUGGAUCUGAUGCCACCCAACUUUUGCAUCAAGCCCAGGUGACCCAGCAAGAGUUCCUAGAAGUACAGCAAAGAGUUAACAGUGGUUGUACUACAAUGGAGAAUAAGCUGGAGGGGAUUGGCCAGUUCCAUUGCCGAGUCCGAGAGAUGUUCUCUCAGUUGGCUGACCUGGACGAUGAGUUAGAUGGUAUGGGUGCUAUUGGCAGAGACACUGACAGCCUUCAGUCCCAAAUUGACGAUAUACGGUUGUUCCUUAACAAAAUCCAAGUGCUCAAGGCAGACAUAGAGGCGUCUGAAGCAGAGUGCCGACAGAUGCUAGAGGAGGAGGGGACUCUGGACUUGUUAGGUCUGAAGAGGGAACUUGAAGCCCUCAACAAACAAUGUGGCAAACUGAUGGAGAGAGGUAAAGCACGCCAGGAGCAGCUGGAGCUGACCCUGGGUCGUGUAGAGGACUUCUAUAGGAAAUUGAAGGUGCUCAGUGACAUGACCACAGCAGCAGAGGAAGGAGAGGCCCUCCAAUGGGUAGUGGGAACUGAAGUGGAUAUCAUCAACCAACAAUUAGCAGAUUUUAAGAUGUUUCAGAAAGAACAGGUGGAUCCUCUUCAGAUGAAACUGCAGCAAGUGAAUGGACUUGGCCAGGGAUUGAUUCAAAGUGCCGGCAAAAACUGUGAUGUACAGGGUCUGGAGCAUGAUAUGGAAGAGAUCAACGCUCGAUGGAACACACUAAAUAAAAAGGUCGCACAAAGAAUUGCACAACUGCAAGAGGCUUUGUUGCAUUGUGGGAAGUUUCAAGAUGCCUUGGAGCCAUUGCUUAGCUGGCUGGCUGACACUGAGGAGCUCAUAGCCAAUCAGAAACCUCCAUCUGCUGAGUAUAAAGUGGUAAAAGCACAGAUCCAAGAACAGAAGCUGCUCCAGCGGCUCCUAGAUGAUCGAAAGGCUACAGUAGACAUGCUUCAAGCAGAAGGAGGCAGAAUAGCACAAUCAGCUGAGCUGGCCGAUAAAGAGAAAAUCACUGGACAGUUGGAGAAUCUUGAAAGUAGGUGGACUGGACUACUCAGCAAGGCAGCAGCCAGGCAAAAACAGCUGGAAGAUAUCCUGGUUCUGGCCAAACAAUUCCAUGAGACAGCUGAGCCUAUUUCUGACUUCUUAUCUGUCACAGAGAAAAAACUUGCGAACUCAGAACCUGUUGGCACUCAGGCUGCCAAAAUACAGCAGCAGAUCAUUCGACACAAGGCUCUGGAGGAAGAAAUAGAAAGCCAUGCGGCAGAUGUGCACCAGGCAGUCAAAAUUGGGCAGACUCUCUCCUCCCUGACAUGUUCUGCAGAGCAGGGUGUGCUGUCCGAAAAGCUAGACUCGUUGCAGGCCCGAUACAGUGAGAUUCUAGACCGGUGCUCUCGGAAAGCAGCCCUGCUUGAACAGGCACUGUCUAAUGCUAGACUGUUCGGGGAGGAUGAGGUGGAGGUGCUCAACUGGCUGGCUGAGGUGGAGGACAAGCUCAGCUCAGUGUUCGUAAAGGAUUACAGACAGGAUGUCCUGCAGAAACAGCAUGCUGACCACCUGGCUUUAAAUGAAGAGAUUAUUAAUAGAAAGAAGAAUGUAGAUCAAGCUAUUAAAAAUGGUCAGGCUCUUCUAAAACAAACCACAGGUGAAGAGGUGUUGCUUAUUCAGGAAAAACUGGAUGGAAUCAAGACUCGCUAUGCAGACAUCACAGUCACUAGUUCCAAGGCCCUCAGGACGUUAGAGCAGGCCCGGCAGCUAGCCACCAAGUUCCAGUCUACUUACGAGGAACUGACCACAUGGCUGAAGGAGGUAGAAGAGGAGUUGGCAGCCAGUGGAGGACAGUCUCCCACAGGGGAGCAGAUACCCCAGUUUCAACAAAGACAGAAGGAAUUAAAGAAGGAGGUCAUGGAGCACAGGCUGGUGUUGGACACCGUGAAUGAGGUGAGCCGGGCCCUCCUAGAGCUUGUGCCCUGGAGAGCCAGAGAAGGGCUGGAUAAACUUGUAUCUGAUGCCAACGAGCAGUACAAACUGGUCAGUGACACUGUUGGACAAAGAGUGGAUGAAAUUGAUGCUGCUAUUCAGAGAUCACAGCAGUAUGAGCAAGCUGCUGAUGCAGAACUAGCUUGGGUUGCUGAAACAAAACGGAAACUAAUGGCCCUGGGUCCAAUUCGCCUGGAACAAGACCAGACCACAGCUCAGCUUCAGGUACAGAAGGCUUUCUCUAUUGACAUCAUUCGUCACAAAGAUUCAAUGGAUGAACUCUUCAGUCAUCGAAGUGAAAUCUUUGGUACUUGUGGAGAGGAGCAGAAAGCUAUACUACAGGAGAAGACAGAAUCUCUAAUACAACAAUAUGAAGCCAUUAGUCUACUCAAUUCUGAACGUUAUGCCCGCCUUGAGCGUGCCCAGGUCUUGGUGAACCAAUUUUGGGAAACUUAUGAGGAGCUCAGCCCCUGGAUUGAGGAGACUCGGGCACUCAUAGCACAGCUACCUCCUCCUGCCAUUGAUCAUGAGCAACUCAGACAGCAGCAAGAAGAAAUGAGGCAACUAAGAGAAUCCAUUGCAGAACACAAACCUCAUAUUGAUAAACUGCUAAAGAUAGGCCCGCAGCUAAAGGAAUUGAACCCUGAAGAGGGGGAAAUGGUGGAAGAAAAAUACCAGAAAGCUGAAAAUAUGUAUGCUCAAAUAAAAGAGGAAGUGCGCCAGCGGGCCCUGGCUCUGGAUGAAGCUGUUUCCCAGUCGGCUCAGUUCCAUGAUAAAAUUGAGCCCAUGUUGGAGACGCUGGAGAAUCUUUCCUCUCGCCUGCGUAUGCCUCCUGCAAUUCCUGCUGAAGUAGACAAGAUCAGAGAGUGUAUCAAUGACAAUAAGAGUGCCACCAUGGAACUAGAAAAACUGCAGCCUUCCUUUGAGGCCCUGAAGCGGCGUGGAGAAGAGCUCAUUGGGAGAUCUCAAGGAGCUGACAAGGAUCUGGCUGCAAAAGAAAUCCAGGACAAAUUGGAUCAAAUGGUUUUCUUCUGGGAGGACAUCAAAGCUCGUGCUGAAGAACGAGAAAUUAAGUUUCUUGAUGUCCUUGAACUGGCGGAGAAGUUCUGGUACGACAUGGCAGCUCUCCUGACCACCAUCAAAGACACCCAGGACAUAGUCCAUGACCUGGAAAGCCCCGGUAUUGACCCUUCCAUCAUCAAACAGCAGGUGGAAGCUGCUGAGACUAUUAAGGAAGAGACAGAUGGUCUACAUGAGGAAUUGGAGUUUAUUCGAAUCCUUGGAGCAGAUUUGAUUUUUGCCUGUGGAGAAACUGAGAAGCCUGAAGUGAAGAAGAGCAUUGAUGAGAUGAAUAAUGCCUGGGAGAACUUAAACAAAACAUGGAAAGAGAGAAUCGAAAAGCUUGAGGAUGCCAUGCAGGCAGCUGUGCAGUAUCAGGACACACUUCAGGCUAUGUUUGACUGGCUAGAUAACACGGUGAUUAAACUCUGUACAAUGCCCCCUGUCGGCACUGACCUCAACACUGUCAAAGACCAAUUAAAUGAAAUGAAGGAGUUUAAAGUGGAGGUUUACCAACAGCAAAUUGAAAUGGAGAAGCUCAAUCACCAGGGUGAACUGAUGCUAAAGAAAGCUACUGAUGAGACAGAUAGGGACAUCAUACGAGAGCCACUGACAGAGCUCAAACACCUCUGGGAGAACCUGGGUGAGAAAAUUGCCCACAGACAGCAUAAGCUGGAAGGUGCACUCUUGGCCCUUGGCCAGUUCCAACAUGCCUUAGAGGAGCUAAUGAGUUGGCUGACUCAUACUGAAGAGUUGUUAGAUGCUCAGAGACCAAUAAGUGGAGACCCAAAAGUCAUUGAAGUUGAGCUUGCAAAGCACCAUGUUCUCAAAAAUGAUGUUUUGGCCCAUCAAGCCACGGUGGAAACAGUCAACAAAGCAGGCAAUGAGCUUCUUGAAUCUAGUGCUGGAGACGAUGCCAGCAGUUUAAGAAGCCGUUUGGAAACUAUGAACCAGUGUUGGGAGUCAGUGUUACAAAAAACAGAGGAGAGAGAGCAGCAGCUUCAGUCAACACUGCAACAGGCCCAGGGUUUCCACAGUGAAAUUGAAGACUUCCUUUUGGAACUCUCUAGAAUGGAGACCCAACUUUCAGCAUCUAAACCCACAGGAGGACUUCCUGAAACUGCUAGGGAACAGCUUGACACACAUAUGGAACUCUAUUCACAGCUCAAAGCCAAGGAAGAAACUUAUAAUCAACUGCUGGAUAAGGGCAGGCUUAUGCUUCUAAGCCGGGACGAAUCUGGGUCUGGCUCUAAGACAGAGCAGAGUGUUGUACUCUUGGAGCAGAAGUGGCAAGUGGUCAGCAACAAAAUGGAAGAAAGAAAGUCAAAGCUAGAAGAGGCCCUCAACCUGGCAACAGAGUUCCAGAAUUCACUACAAGAAUUUAUCAACUGGCUCACCCUAGCAGAGCAGAGUUUAAACAUCGCUUCUCCUCCCAGCCUGAUUCUCAACACUGUCCUCUCCCAGAUAGAAGAGCACAAGGUUUUUGCAAAUGAAGUAAACGCUCAUCGAGACCAAAUCAUUGAACUUGAUCAAACUGGGAAUCAGUUAAAGUUCCUUAGUCAAAAACAGGAUGUUGUUCUGAUCAAGAACUUGUUGGUUAGCGUCCAGUCCCGAUGGGAAAAGGUUGUCCAGCGAUCUAUUGAAAGAGGGAGAUCACUGGAUGAUGCCAGAAAGCGGGCAAAACAAUUCCAUGAAGCUUGGAAAAAACUGAUUGACUGGCUUGAAGAUGCAGAGAGUCACCUGGACUCCGAACUGGAGAUAUCCAAUGAUCCAGAUAAAAUCAAACUUCAGCUCUCUAAACACAAGGAGUUUCAGAAAACCCUUGGUGGCAAACAACCUGUGUAUGAUACCACAAUUAGAACAGGCAGGGCACUGAAAGAAAAGACUUUGCUUCCUGAUGACACUCAGAAACUUGACAACUUACUGGGAGAAGUCAGAGACAAAUGGGACACUGUUUGUGGCAAGUCUGUGGAGAGGCAGCACAAGUUAGAAGAGGCCCUGCUGUUUUCAGGCCAGUUCAUGGAUGCUCUGCAGGCUUUGGUCGACUGGCUGUACAAGGUGGAGCCACAGCUGGCUGAGGACCAGCCCGUGCAUGGGGACCUUGAUUUGGUCAUGAACCUCAUGGAUGCCCAUAAGGUUUUCCAAAAGGAACUGGGAAAGCGAACAGGAACGGUUCAGGUGCUAAAGCGUUCAGGCCGAGAGCUGGUUGAGAAUAGCCGUGAUGAUACCACUUGGGUGAAAGGCCAGCUCCAGGAACUGAGUACUCGCUGGGAUACCGUGUGUAAACUCUCUGUCUCUAAACAAAGCCGACUAGAGCAGGCCUUAAAACAGGCAGAAGAGUUUCGGGAUACAGUCCACAUGCUGUUAGAGUGGCUUUCUGAAGCAGAGCAAACUCUUCGCUUUCGAGGAGCACUUCCUGAUGACACUGAAGCCCUGCAGUCUCUCAUAGACACCCAUAAGGAAUUCAUGAAGAAAGUGGAAGAAAAGCGAGUGGAUGUUAAUGCAGCAGUAGCUAUGGGAGAAGUAAUCUUGGCUGUCUGCCAUCCUGAUUGCAUUACCACCAUCAAACACUGGAUCACCAUCAUUCGAGCCCGCUUUGAAGAGGUCUUGACAUGGGCCAAGCAACACCAGCAGCGUCUCGAAACUGCCCUGUCAGAAUUGGUGGCUAAUGCCGAGCUCUUGGAAGAACUUCUGGCAUGGAUCCAGUGGGCUGAGACCACCCUCAUUCAGCGAGAUCAGGAGCCCAUUCCUCAGAACAUUGACCGAGUUAAAGCCCUUAUUGCUGAGCAUCAGACAUUUAUGGAGGAGAUGACGCGCAAACAACCUGAUGUGGACCGUGUCACCAAGACAUACAAAAGGAAAAACAUAGAGCCUCCCCAUGCACCAUUCAUCGAGAAGUCCCGCAGUGGAAGCAGGAAGGCCUUGAAUCAACCCGCACCUCCACCCAUGCCAAUCCUUUCACAGUCUGAAGCGAAGAACCCACGGAUCAAUCAGCUUUCAGCUCGCUGGCAGCAGGUGUGGCUGUUGGCACUGGAGCGGCAGCGGAAGCUGAACGAUGCCUUGGAUAGGUUAGAGGAGUUGAAGGAAUUUGCCAACUUUGACUUUGAUGUCUGGAGGAAAAAGUAUAUGCGUUGGAUGAAUCACAAAAAAUCUCGGGUGAUGGAUUUCUUCCGGCGAAUUGACAAGGACCAAGACGGGAAGAUAACACGUCAGGAGUUUAUCGAUGGCAUCCUAGCAUCCAAGUUCCCUACCACGAAGCUAGAGAUGACUGCUGUUGCAGACAUUUUUGACAGAGAUGGGGAUGGCUACAUUGAUUACUAUGAAUUUGUAGCUGCUCUCCAUCCCAACAAGGAUGCUUAUCGACCAACCACAGAUGCCGACAAAAUUGAGGAUGAGGUCACAAGACAAGUGGCUCAGUGCAAAUGUGCAAAAAGGUUUCAAGUGGAGCAGAUUGGAGAAAAUAAAUACCGGUCUCCCUUGGUCCUGCAGUUCGGGGACUCCCAGCAGCUGCGGCUGGUCCGCAUCCUGCGCAGCACAGUGAUGGUUCGCGUCGGUGGAGGAUGGAUGGCCCUGGAUGAAUUUUUAGUGAAAAACGACCCCUGCCGAGUUCACCAUCCCGGGACUAAAAUAAAGCGCUCUGAUUCCAGCUCUUCGAUUUCCAGUCAGUCUCCCAUAGCACGAGGUAGAACUAACAUCGAACUUAGAGAGAAAUUCAUCCUGCCAGAGGGAGCAUCUCAGGCAAUGACCCCCUUCCGAUCACGGGGUCGAAGGUCCAAGCCAUCUUCCCGGGCAGCCUCCCCUACGCGCUCCAGCUCAAGUGCUAGUCAGAGCAACCACAGCUGUACUUCCAUGCCAUCUUCUCCAGCCACCCCAGCCAGUGGCACCAAGACUCCACUUCAGUUCUCUCGCUGUUAUGACAAACCCUGGUUGAUAAACAGUAAAGCUGGCACCCCUGUCAGGGACAGCCACUAUCCUGACCUCCAGCUGCCCAGCCCCGAGGUUAUUCCAUCAACAGGUAGCAAGUUGAAACGACCAACACCAACCUUUCAUUCUAGUCGAACAUCCCUUGCUGGUGAUACUAGCAAUAGUUCCUCCCCAGCCUCCACAGGUGCCAAAACUAAUCGGGCAGAUCCUAAAAAGUCAGCCAGUCGCCCUGGGAGUCGGGCCGGGAGUCGCGCCGGGAGUCGAGCCAGCAGCCGGCGAGGAAGCGAUGCCUCUGACUUCGAUCUGUUGGAGACACAGUCUGCUUGUUCAGACACUUCAGAAAGCAGCGCUGCAGGGGGCCAGGGCAGUUCCCGGAGAGGGCUUAACAAGCCUUCCAAAAUCCCAACCAUGUCCAAGAAGACCACCACUGCCUCCCCGAGGACUCCAGGUCCCAAGCGAUAACACUGUAUAAGCGCCCCCCCAAACCUCUAUCCACUUUGAAUCCUGCUCCAUACAUUGGGUGUAUAUUUAUUCUGAACAGGAGACGUUAUAUUGUUAAAAGUGUAAAAGAAUAAUUGUGUUAUGAAGCUGCCUUAUUUUUUUUUCUUUUUGUAAGUUACUAUUUUCAUGUGAAUAUUUAUGUAGAUAAAAUUUGCCUCCUGGUAACCCUGUAAUGGAUGGGGUCCAGAAAUGAAAUAUUUGAGGAAGAUAAAGGUCAAAAUACAAAUGUGUAUUAAGGGGGGGGAAAGCCUCUAAAUAGGGUUUCUGCGCGGUGCAGGGUGUAAACCUGCUUUAUCUUUUAGGAUUAUUCCUAAAUGCAUCUUCUUUAUAAACUUGACUUGCUAUCUCAGCAAGAUAAAUUAUAUUAAAAAAAAAAAAAAAAACUCCUGCAGUGUUUUAAGGAACUUCUUUUAUAAAUCACAGACACUUCAGUUAGCAAGAACUGAGGGGAAAGCACCCUCUAAUUGCUUUUUCCAUUGUUUUUAAUGUUGUGUGGUUUUAGCUGAAGAAAGAGAACCUCAUCUAGGUAAUGUUUGCACAUGAUAUAACAAAAGGGGUUCAUUGCAAUACUGUCUUUGAAUACUGUUUCAGUACUGGGUGUUUAAAGGACAACUAGCUGCUAGAAUUCAGGGGUAAAUGUAACUGUUAAGAAAACGUCCGAACAUUGGGGUUUUUAAAAGUCCUGCUUUAUAACUUCCUAUCCAGCCCAGCCACCAAUAACUCUGUGCUCAUGGGGACCCAGAUCCUUGGCAAGGGGAGACUGCUUGGUGGUUUCGUGAAUUACAGAUUUGUUUAUCUGCAUUUUUUGCUAUUUAUUUCAAUGAUUGAUCAACUUCCCACAAACUGAGGAAUGAAUUCCACGAGCCUAUACUGAAAAUGUGGACCUGACACAAACACACUUGUUCAUCCUUUAAAGAAGCUCACCAGCACACUUGUUAACAAGUCCCGUUUGCUUCCGUCUUUUUUGUGCGUAAUAAAGUCAACUGACCAAGUGACCAUGAAGAGGGGCUCUCGGGGGCUCCUGUUUUUUAGCUGCUGUUCCUCUUCAGCUCCGACCAUGUUGCUGUGUGAUUAUCUCAAUUGGUUUUAAUUGAGGCAGAAACUGAAGCUCUACCAAUGAACUGUUUGAAAACAAGACACACUUUUGUAUUAAAAUUGCUUGCAGUAACAAUUAUUUUGUAUUUUCUGAUUUUUCUUAUUAACCAUUAUAUAUCAUUUGUUGCCUGAUG